AUCUGAACAACAUGGUGACAGAAAUGUCGAAAAGGGACAAAGCACCGGAAAAAGAAACACCUACGACUUCACGUAAGUGGCCGGUUAUUCAAGGGUGGGUAGUAGCGAAGUAGUUGUAGUUCGCUACUGUAACGAACUACAAUUUUCAAGUAGCCAGUAGUUUUUGACUACUUUUUUAAAACAGUAGUUGUAGUUAUAGUGAACUACAUUUUGCCUAAAAGUAGCCAAGUAGUUGACUACUUUUCAAACAGCGAAUCGCUAUUCGCUACUUUUUAAAAUUGUUAGCAACUUGAUAGAAUAGCAUGAUAUUGAGACACGGUUUGCUUAAAAUCAUUACUCAAUUGCACUCCUGAACACUGUAGUGCUUACAAAUAUGUUGCUUUGUGUUUACUGUUGCGACUCGUAAGUCGAUUUGUUAUAGAUUACAUUACUGCCUGAGUUAGUAGAUGCUCCAAAUACAGUAAAACUAAAAAAUAUAGUGUAGCGAAAUAGCGAAAUAGUUCGCUACAAUUUUUAAGCAGUAGCUGUAGUCAGUAGCGAACUACCUUUGUUCAAAAGUAGCAGUAGUUGUAGCUGACUACAUAUUUUUGAAGUAGCUGUAGUUAUAGCGAACUACAAAAAUUUUGUAGUCAACCCACCCUUGCGGUUAUUACAGACUUUUAGAAUUAAUAGGGAGUAGAGGUGUACAAAUCCGAUCCGAAUCCGAUCCGAUCGGAUUCGUUCGGAUUUCGGAACAAAAAUAUACAUUUCGGAUCGGAUCGGUUUGAUAAAGUUGUUUCGUAGUCGGAUCGGAUCGGACUUCGAUAUUCGAAAUAAAAUGAAUUAAUUAUCCACAAGACUUUUCUUGGCAUGAUUUUCAUUCGAUUUCGGCGUGUCAUAUUUUCUUUCAUAUGACAAAGGAAUAGUUAAGCAUUCUAUAGUUAUAAAACAACAAGCCCAACUACUUUUUAUUGCUUUAUAGUGUAAAAUGUUUCUUUGCCUGACGUUUGUCGUUUGUCGUUUAACGCGAAGCUUAAGCUUUCUAUUGACGUUUACGGCAAACGUCAAACCGCUAACGAAGUGUUUGAUAUUUCAACUCUAUUAUAAUAGCUUUUACACCAGUUUUGAAAUAUAUUAAACAAUUAUUAAACUUGUGCUCUUUAGCAAUGAUUUGAGAAAGCAAAUUAACCAUGCACUAGUCAAGUAUUCACCAAAGCAGUAAAUUAAGAUCUGGCGUUUGAAGUUUACGUUUCGCGUACAAAUUUCAUACUUGAACUGCUACGAGGGCUUGUAGUCGUUAAAGCAUGAAAUUUAUACGCCAAACGCAGACUUCAAACGCUAAAUCUUAAUUUACUGCUUUGGUGAAUACAUGACUGUGGUUAAUCUGUUUUCUUGAAUCAUUUUUAAGUACCACAAGUUUAAUCAUUGUUUAAUAUAUUUCAAAACUGGUGUAAAAGCUGUUAUAAUAGAGUUGUAAAAUCAAAAACGUCGUUAGCGGUUUGACGUUUGCCGUAGACGUCAAUCUGAAGGUCUCUAUUAUUUAUGGCGGGGGGGGGGGUGGCACCGAAGAGAAUUUUUUUUCUUGGUAAAACUUUUGCAGAUCCAACGGAACCAUUAAAAAUUCAAAAAGAAUUUUUACCCAUGCCACCUGAAAUAAAUACCCACCCUGGCCAAAGAUUUACAAAAGGAUACCAUUCAGUUGUCACACAUGUCCUUUACCACUUCUGUGACGCGAGUUUGAUAACUGCUUGUGCAAUUUUCUGCAGUCUAAAGUUUCAUGUUGUCUGCACAUGUACUUUCUUUGAAGACACCAUUUGUCUCCUGACAAAUCGGAAAAUGAUCAAGAUAGUGACUCUGAUUGAUUUGCAUAUUGUAUUGACAUAUGACUGUUGACAUUGCUUUUUAAUCUUAAAUAUUUGAGCAAGUCAUGCUCUGGAAAUGACAGUAAAUUUUUGUUACCCAACCCUUGAGUUGUUUUGUUUUUUAUUUAUCCAACCUUUUUCUCAUUAGAAAUUUUGUUUACCCAACCCUUUUCUCUUCAGCUCCACCCCGCGCCAUAAAUAAUUACCGUUCCCUAAGAAAUAGUGAUUUAAAUGGCCUGAUUACUCUCUAUACACACGUAAAACGUACAGUAAGUUGUUACAGGUCUGCAAACAAGUUGUUACAAAUCUGUUCACAAGCUGUCGACAAGUUGUGUUCGCACUGCUUGUUCCCAGUUGUUGUAACAAGUUUGGAACAAGCUUUGCAACAAGCUUGAUGGCAUCAUCAGACUUGUAGCAAAGUUGUUCUAACAAGUCUAAUACAGUGAUGAUAUUACAAGAAUGUUACAAGGUUGUUCUAACAAGUCUGAUACAAUCAUGAUAUAACAAGAAUGUUACAAGGUUGAUGACACAAGGUUGUAACACUAUUGUUAUAUCACGACUGUAUCGGACUUGUUGAAACAACCUUACAGCUUUGUUGGGUAGAUAACAUCAACAAGGUUGUUACAAGUUGUUAACAGCUUGUUCUAAACUUGUUGACAACUUGGGACAAGCAUUGCGAACACAACUUGUUGACGGCUUGUUGGCAGACUUACUACAAAAUGUGAGAUUUUUGCGUGUGUACACCCGUAAAAUCUCACAACUUGUCAACAAGAUGUGUUCGCAACAGGCUUGUAUGUAGCAAGCUUGUCAACAAAUUGUAAUAAUGUUGUUAUUUUAUCAAGUCGCUACGAGGUUGUCACUCACAACUUGUUGAAUUGCUGGACGAUAGCAUGUUGUUAGAACAACUUGUAACAAUUCAACCUUGUAGCAAAUUGUCAACAAACCCCGUUGACGACUUGUCAACAAACUGGGAACAAGCAGUGCGAACACAUCCUUUUGACAAGUUGUUAGAACAGCAUUGCUACAAGUCUGCUACAGCUUUGUUACAACUUGUGCGUUUCUAGGCGUGUGUAGUUUUUACUGUGAAGACCUCACCAGAUUUAUUAUUUUAUUUGAUUGGUUCAUAGGUGCCCGUAUCUGUGCUGAAGUCUGUCAGCACCGCUGUCUCCCUUCGUGUGAAUGGUCUUGCUGUAUAAAAGAGAAUAUUGAGGAAUAUAGACAAGCCCAUCUCGUCAAGCCACUUGUACCACAUCCAAGCAUUCAAAGAAAAUCAGAUCUCGCGAAAGUAGGUGUCGUAAAGGAUCCGGCAACCGUCGGAAAGGUUCGGUCAAGUGUCGGAAAGAGUCGUCAGAAUAUCGAGGAACCGUUGAAGGAUGGGAAGGAUUGUCAUCCCAGUUGUAAACGAUAUUGCGUGCCCUCUUGUCGUUUUGCUUGCUGUCAGGCUGUGCAGAUUAAAGGCGUGGUACUGUUGUAACGUUUUGUAGUUGUGACAGUUUGGCUAACAAUGAACUUGGUGCAGAUACACACGUAAAAAUCUCACAUCUUGUAGCAAGUCAGCCAACAAGCCGUCAACAAGUUGUGUUCGCACUGCUUGUCCCAAGUUGUCAACAAGUUUGGACCAAGCUGUUAACAACUCGUAACAACCAGAUGAUCUUGAUACGCGGAAAAGUACUGGCA